UGGGGGAUAAAACACACUGUCCUCCCCCUCUACAGUUCACGGAAUUUACCUGUUUUCACGAGGAUAUCUUCACAUGCCAACAUCGGAUAUUUAUGAACAUCUGCAUCGGUUUAUAUCAGUAGCUUGACGGGAAAAAGAAAGCAAGAAUGGAUCAGAAUCUAUUUGGUGGGGCUCCACGGUUCCUAACUCGACCCAAGGCCUUCUCGCUGUGUGUGGGACGAGAUGCCUCCCUCAGCUGCACUAUUGUGGGAAACCCUGUUCCUGUGGUCACCUGGGAGAAAGGCAAGAUGCUUCUCUCUGCAGGUGGACGCUUCAAGAAAGUAGAAGAUGGUGACGUUUACCGACUUACCAUCUACGAUCUAACUCUAGAAGACAGCGGUCAGUACAUGUGUCGUGCCAAGAACAAUGUCGGAGAGGCAUAUGCAGCUGUGACCCUGAAGGUGGGACUGCCGGAAACUGUGAUUGAUCGGGCCCCAGUGUUUACAGUAAAGCCUGUCUCCACCCGUGUGGGUCUAGGGGGUGACGUUACCUUCUAUUGUCGGGUGGCAGCCCAUCCAGCACCCAACUUUGACUGGGAAAAGGAUGGUCGCUACCUGGGUGAGACCAACCGCAUCAAGAUAAUCUCGGAAAAUGACUCCAGCUCCUUGAGGAUCCAGAGUGUUAGGAGCUUGGACAGUGGUACCUACACCUGCCGUGCGCAGAACUCCAUUGGCCGUGCUCAGGCCGCUGCUGCUCUGGUGGUCGACCUUCAAGAUACUCGUCUCCUGAAUGCAGACAAGAGCACAUCCCUCCUCUCACACAUGCAGAAGCGGAAAGAAGAAAUGCGGAAGGACAUCUCCUUAUACCGUACCAUGGAAAGUUCCUCAACCACGCUUACAACUUCAUCUUCCAUGAUCACAGAGGAACAUGGAAGCUUGGGACUCGCCUAUGAUCAGGAGCAGAGGGUUUCGGCCUUAACCAGCAUGUUGCCCAAAGGUGUGUUUACCCGCACCUGUACGGUGACCGAGGGUAAACAUGCAAAGCUUAGCUGUUUCGUCACAGGCCAUCCCAAACCUCAGAUUAUCUGGAGGAAGGAUGGGGCGAACAUCAGUGAGGGCCGCAGACAUGUUAUGUAUGAGGACCAGACGGAGAAUUUCAUCCUCAAGGUGCUCUACUGCAAACAAAGUGAUAAUGGGCUGUACACCUGCAAUGCAUCCAACUUGGCUGGACAAACCUAUAGUGCUGUGCUAGUGAUUGUCAAAGUUUACACUUGGAUCAAAGAAGAAAUUAUUGAUAAUUUGGGGUGUCACAAUGUCACCACCAAUGAUGAUGCCGUGUACAUCUGUGAGAUGAAGGAAGGCAGCCGCACUGUGGCCGAACUUACAGUGCUGGGCAACAUCACUAAAAAGCUGCCGAGGAGGACAGUGGUGCCGGUUAGCGAUACCGUGAUCUUCUGUGUGGAACUGGAGAAACCAGUAGAUGAUGCAUACUGGACCAGGAAUGGGGAGAGGCUGAAAGAGGACUCCCGAAUUAUUAUCGCCCGCAUUAACAGACAGUACACACUGACCAUUCGCGAAUGUACUGCAGAGGACUCGGGUGAGGUGGCUUUCAUCGCCCAUGACUGCAAGACAUCCACCCGCUUCUCUGUCACAGCACCAAGGAAACAUCCCCCAGAUCCCCCAGUUGAGCCAGUGGUGCAGAACAAGACAGAUUCAUCGAUCACGCUGUGCUGGUCUCCACCAGACAGUGAACGGCCUGUGCCCAUCACCGGCUAUCUCGUUGAGCGCAGGAAGGUGGGAGCCCAAACCUGGGUUAAAGUCACUAGUACGUCUGUGUCUAGCACUGAAUACACCAUCAGUGAAAUUUCAGAAGAAGCAAGCUAUCAGUUCCGCAUCUCAGCGGUCAAUGAUUUUGGUCAGAGUGCCUACUUGGAGGUUCCUGGAACGUUUUACCUUGAGCCCACAGCAUCAGUGAAGACAGGCCUGGUGAACUGCAGUGCACAUGUAGGUGAAGAAGCUACCUUCACUGUUGAGCUCUCAGCCGUAUGUUCCAGCUCCUGGACCAUAAAUGACAGAAUGAUCCGCAGUGGAUCUGAGUAUCUGAUCACACGCUCAAAGACCACACAUACGCUGAUCAUCAGGGAGGUGUCCAUGGAACUAAAUGGAGCACAGGUCAAGUUUGUGGGUGGUGGAUCUCAGAGUGUUUCCACGCUUAGUGUGAAAGCCGCACCCGCACGUUUCACCAAUAAGUCUUCUCAGGUGGAGGUGUUUACUUUCAGCAUGCACUCCUCUGCUCAGAUGUACACAGAAGUGUCUGAUUCAAGCGUCCAGGUUGUUUGGAUGAAGAAUGGGAAGGAGCUGAGGAUGGGUAAAAAAUAUGAAGCCACAAGUGUGGAGCGUAAACGCACACUGACAGUCCACAACGUUGACUGUGAGGAUGUGGGCAUCUAUGAAUGCAUGUGUGAUGGCGAUAAAAUGUCUGUCCAGCUCGCCCUUAAAGAAGAACCAGCUAAGUUUGUUAACAAGCCGAGGGCUCAGCCCCAAGAGAGUGGUGCUCUUGUGGGCGACGUGGUGUUGAGCUGUGAGGUUGGUUCUCCUGGAACUGCUGUUGUGUGGAAGAAAGAACAGUCAGAAAUAAUGGAGGACAAGAGGACAACUUUUAUAUCUCAGGGGACACAAAGGAAGCUGGUCAUCAGGGGUGCCAAGCAGAGUGAUGAAGGACACUACUCGUGUGAGACGGCAGAGGACAAAAUGACAUUCCUGGUCAAGAUAAAAGAAACUCGUGCUGCUUUCUCCAACAAAGACUCUUAUCAGAAGGAGGUGAAGGUUUCAACCUCCCAAAAGGCCACACUGAGCUGUGAAGUUGGCAAGCAGUUGAGCUCCAGUAAGACUGUCCAC